CAAAGAGCAAGAAGGGGUGGGCUGCUUGUUGGAAGUCUGAAACUUUGUUUCGUGUGGUUGUUGUUUUUGUUUUUCAAGAUGUAGUCGUUUUAUGUAUAUUUGCUGAAUGCUUUCUGUUUCUCCUUCAACUGUGUGGUGAACGUCAGUAAACCAGUCUUAAUGAUGCCUAAAGGGAAUUGAAGGCACUCAAGCACCAUGGGCAACAAGGAUAACCUGGAGGAUGUGUUUGUUGUUGUGAUUCGACCAAAGAAUACUGCAAGUCUCAACUCCAAAGAAUAUAGAGCAAAGGCUUAUGAAAUUCUUCUGUUAGAAGUUCCAUUGGAAGGAAAGGAAAAGAAAAGGAAAAAAGUGCUACUAGGAACCAAAAUUCAUGGGGAUGGAGAUACCUCCAGGUCCAUUUUGGAGUACGUGCAUGAGACAACCAAACCCAUAUCCACUAACAACCAAGGGUUCAAAGGUAAACGUGUGGUGCACAUAAAGAAGUUCUCUCUUGGAGAGAAUGCAGGAAAACAAGCAUCACUUUUCAUUGUACCAAUUACAGUUAAAGACAACAGCAAGAGUGUUUAUUGCCCUGGAAGUCCAAGUUUUUACUGCUUGCAAGACAUCAUGCGAGUCUGCAGUGAAACCAGCACUCACUUCUCAAACAUCACUGCCAGAAUGUUAAUCGCUUUGGAUAAGUGGCUUGUAGAACAGCACAAUGUAUCCCAUGCUAUACCAGCUCUCUUCAGACCGGCCCCUGCAGAGAGGGUCAGAACCAAUGUUAGCAACCCUGCUUACACAAACGACACCAGCCAGUCAGAAGGCACACAGCACAUGGGCUACACUGCUCUGGAGAUCAAGAGUAAAAUGAUGGCGUUGGAGAAAGCAGACAUGUGCAUUUACAAUCCCCUUUACGGCUCUGAUCUCCAGUACACAAAUCGGGUGGACAAGGUGGUCAUAAACCCAUACUUUGGUCUGGGAGCUCCAGAUUAUUCUAAGAUCCAGAUUCCAAAGAGGGAAAAAUGGCAGCGCAGUAUGAGCAGUGUCACAGAAGACAAAGAGCAUCAGUGGGUUGAUGAUUUCCCACUUCACCGUAGUGCUUGUGAAGGAGAUACUGAAUUACUCAGCAAGCUCCUGGACAGCGAGUUUUCAGUCAGUAAGCUGGAUAGUGAUCACUGGGCUCCUAUUCAUUAUGCCUGUUGGUACGGAAAGGUGGAGGCCACGCGGUUGAUACUAGAGAAAGGGAAGUGCAACCCUAACCUCCUGAAUGGCCAGCUCAGCUCCCCCCUCCACUUUGCUGCUGGAGGAGGACACUCUGAAAUAGUGCAGCUUCUAUUACGGCAUCCCGAAACUGACAGACAUAUUCUCGAUCAGCAAGGAAGAUCGCCUUUACAACUGUGUGAAGAGAAUAAGCAGAAUAAGUGGGAGGAAACAGCUGAGCUACUCCAGCAGGCCAUGAACAAACCAUAUGAAAAGGUUCGAAUUUACCGCAUGGAUGGGUCCUACCGGUCUGUGGAGCUGAAACAUGGAAAUAACACCACUGUUCAACAGAUAAUGGAGGGCAUGAGGCUGUCCGAGGAGGCCCAGCAGUACUUCACUAUCUGGAUAUGCUCUGAAAACCUUAGUCUUCAGUUGAAGCCGUACCACAAGCCGCUCCAGCACGUGCGAGACUGGGGAGAGAUCGUCGCUGAGCUAACGCUCCUGGAUUCCCACCGGGAAACACCACAGCUCUUUUUACGUAGAGAUGUGAGGCUCCAGCUGGACAUUGAGAAAAAGGUGGAAGAUCCACUUUCUAUUCUUAUCCUGUUUGAUGAAGCCCGACACAGCCUGCUGAAAGGAUUCUUUCCAUCACCAGACAGCAAGCUGAUCACACUGGCCAGCCUUCUGUUGCAGAUUGUCUAUGGAAACUAUGAGAGCAAAAAGCACAAGCAAGGAUUCCUCAAUGAAGAAAAUCUGAAAUCUAUCGUGCCAAUCACCAAACUAAAAAGCAAAGCACCCCAUUGGACAAAUAAGAUCCUUCUUGAAUACAAGAACCUCAGUACCAGUGAGGGUGUCAGUAAAGAGAUGCACCACCUGCAACGCCUCUUCCUACAGAACUGCUGGGAUAUUCCCACAUAUGGAGCAGCCUUCUUUACAGGGCAGGUGUUCACCAAAGCCAGCUCCAGCAAUCACAAAGUCAUCCGAGUGUAUGUGGGAGUCAAUACAAAAGGAUUACUCCUUAUGAACAUGGAAACCAAGGCUUUGCUUAUUAGUCUGAAGUACGGCUCCUUUAUGUGGCAGUUGGGAGAGGCAGAUCAUUAUUUUCAAGUACACAGCUUGGAAAAUAAAAUGAGUUUCAUAGUGCACACCAAACAGGCAGGACUUGUUGUCAAGCUGAUCAUGAAGUUAAGUGGACAGAUGAUGCCAAACGAAAGAAGUAUUUCAGAAAAAUAUGCAUUUGGAUAAAAAUGGAUACAAGAAGUGUUGAAAGAUCUAGUGCUGAAUAACCUUUAAACGCUGCAGGAUGAAUAACUUGUUGGAAUCCGUCAUUGUGUUAUUGGAAGAAUGACUAUGAAAUCGCACUGUUCCAAAUUCCGCUGUAUUGCUAAGUGGAGCUUGAUUUAAGGAAAGUUAUGCAGUUGUUAAAUUAGUUUUAAACAUGCUUUGUUUUCCAUAUGCUUGUUCUAUAAACAGAAUAUUCACAUUAACACAGAAUACAGAGUUAGUCAGACAUCCUGAUUUGUGGAAUAACUAAAGUAUUCUGAAAGUUAAUGGAAUAUCUUCGAUAUAACUUUAUUAUUAUUUUGUUUGUUGCCUAUCAAUUGAACGUGCUCUUAAAACAGUGAGAAGUCUGUAAAUAUGUAAGUAGGUAUUUCUCUUUUCAUGUAUUUGUUAAUUAGAUUUUAUUAAUUCAAUUUUACUUUUUUUGUUAUUUAUCAAAA